AUGACAAGGAAAGAUGAAUAGAAGACUAAGAUAUUUACUAAAGAAGAUAAUGAUAAAGAGUAUUUGGUCAGAGCUUGGAGAGAACUUAACCCCUAAAUAGUUGAAACUGAAAUAAAGCAUGCCAUGAUUAGGAAUGAGAUAGAGAACUUAUCUUUCGGUAACUUAUUCUUAAGUAGAACGAGAGGAUAUUACUAGUAAUCUUUAUUAGAUUUUGACUACUACAAAAAGAAUAAAUAUGAUCCCAAAUAAAUUAAAAAAGUUCUAAGAGAAGCUAAUCAAUUAUUGGCAAAGCAAGAUGUAAAAAAUUAAAGAGUUCAAGGUGCUUUAAAUGACAAUUUUAAGAAAAAGUUUUCUAGCGUUAGACCAAUGGAGACCACAUCUUUUUCUUAAAAUAAAAACAGGUCAAGCAUUUAGAAUAUAUAAUAUGAAGAUUCUCUUGAAGAACUAGAUGAUGAAAAAUUAUUACUUAGAUAUCCAGCAAGACUAUAUUGUAGGGAAGGAUUUUUGACUGCAUAGAUUGUCCUGCCUCCUAAAUAAAAAUGCCUUGGUGCUAUAUUGUCAUUGAUACAUGGUGCCCUUUCUUUUAGCAUGAUAUUGUAUUCUGAUUACUAAAACGAUUAAAAAAAAGAAAUAUGGUAUGAAAGAUACACUUAUUUAGAUUUUUGGCUAUACACAAUUUCUCUAUUUUACAUAAACUCAUUCAUUUUUUAUGCUAACUCAGCAUUCUUUGACAUUGCUAUCAUAGACUAUAGCAGAAAAUAUAUGCUGAAUAUCGCAAUGAGCGUAGUUAUAGAAGCUAACAGAUAAAAGAUGAUUAGUGUUUUAAGAACCUAUCCUCUUAUGAAUAUUUUUGAUAGAUAAACAAUGAUUUGUGUUUUGUAUUUGGGAUAUUUUUUUGGAUUAAAUGUAAAGAUUCUUGACAAUUAAUAAUGGGUCAUAAUCAUAUUUGAAAUAAUCAUCAUUCUUAUCUUGACACUAAUCAUAAUGAACUUAGGAGUCAGAAUAAAUUCUGAAGCUGAAAACUAAAUUUUCAAGAUGACAGAAUUAAAGAAUCAGCUGGAUAGAAUAUACUCUGACUGGGAUUAGAUCAUGAAGAAUCGUAAAUCUGUGAAAUCAAUUAUCAACAAUAACUAUAAGCUGGCUCAGAACUAUUACACUACUUUGCUAAAGAUUAAAUCUCCCAAGUAAUGUAAAAAGGAUCUUCUUUCAACAAUAAAAGUGAUAGAUUCAAUUAGGGAGAGGCUCGAGAAAGAACAUGAAUACAACCCGAUGAAACUGCUAGGAAUUCCAUUAAGAUAUAGCUUUUUAUAUACAGUAUAUACUGGAUUAUUAUCAUUAGUAUUUGCUAUGGUUCAGAAGAAAACUAAUUUAUUUUCUUGA